GGAUCCGCAAUCUGCGGGAGCGACCGGCGAGGGGGCACUGCCAAGAGCUGCAGGGCGAAGGUGCGCAGGCAGCGGGGUGCAGGCUCUCGCGGUCAGCCCCGCCUCUCUGCCUCAUGAGCUGUACCAGAAUGAUCCAGGUCUUAGAUCCACGUCCUUUGACAAGCUCCGUCAUGCCAGUGGAUGUGGCCAUGAGCCUUUGCUUGGCGCAUUCGCCCCCUCUGAAGAGUUUCCUGGGUCCUUACAAUGACUUUCAACGAAGACAUUUCGUGAAUAAACUGAAGCCUCUGAAGCCGUGUCUCAACAUAAAGCAGGAAGCCAAAUCGCAGAACGGCUGGAAGCGCUCACACAACCAAGCCAAGAAGCGGGUUGUGUUUGCCGAUUCCAAGGGCCUCUCGCUCACUGCCAUCCACGUCUUCUCUGACCUCCCAGAGGAACCAGCGUGGGAUCUCCAGUUUGACCUCUUGGACCUGAACGAUAUCUCCUCUGGCUUAAAACUCCAUGAGGAGAAAAAUCUGAUUUUAGAUUUCCCACAGCCUUCAACUGACUACUUAAGCUUCCGGAACCACUUCCAGAAGAACUCUGUCUGCCUGGAGAACUGCUCUCUGCAAGAGCGAACUGUGACUGGGACUGUGAAGGUGAAAAACAUGAGCUUUGAGAAGAAGGUUCAAAUCCGAAUCACGUUUGAUACUUGGAAAAGCUACACCGACGUGGACUGUGUCUACAUGAAGAAUGUGUAUGGUGGCUUGGAGAGUGACACCUUCUCGUUUGCCCUUGACUUACCUGCUGUCAUUCCAACGGAGGAGAAAAUUGAGUUCUGCAUUUCCUACCACGCCAAUGGGCAGGUCUUCUGGGACAACAACGAGGGUCAGAAUUACAGAAUUGUGCAUGUACAAUGGAAACCCGAUGGGGUGCAGACACAAAUGGCACCCCAAGACUGUGCAUUUCACCAGGCACCCCCUAAGACCGAGUUAGAGCCCACAGUCUUUGGCAGUCCAAGACUGGCUAGUGGGCUCUUUCCAGAGUGGCAGAGCUGGGGGCGAAUGGAGAACGUGGCCUCUUAUCGAUGAAUUUAGCAACCCAAUAACUGGCCUUGACCUGUCGUGCUCCCCAUGCAAUUCUAGGUCUGCAAUGCUCAGUAUUAGGAAGUCUUUGCUACUUUCCAUCUGUAGGUUUAGAUGUGAGCUUUUGAGACCUGGCUAUAGAAAAGAUAGCCACUGAGAAUUUAGUGUUGGGAUGUCUAUGGAUGAUACCACCCAUUUUUGCUUCUGGGGAUCAGCUAAUAGCCUGGGAGCUAACUUUUUAUGGGAGUAAUCCUUUUGCAGUGCCCUUCCUUCUUCCCUCUCAAUUCACUAGCUUUCAGGAUGGGCAAGGAGAAGUUGAGGAAGAGGACAACAGGAAGCUGUGCUGAUGGUAUGAGGAACGUGUGAAAAGUGUACACCAAGGGCUCUGAAGUCACCUCAGAGCUGGAGUGGGAGGUCUGAAACUUGAUUGUUGGUGAGAAAACAGAAGGUUCUUCUGUGUCCUAAAGCUGGCUUUACAGUUCUCUCUGGGGGAAAUAAUGUGUGGAAGGGAAGAAGACCCCUUCUAUAUAUUCUUCUAAGAAAAGCCAAAUAAGCUUUAGGGGUGCUGGCUGGUGUUGGAAGAAGAUGAAUUGUAAGUUAAGGACAAGAUCUCAGAUGAAGCCUUCCCCUUUAAUCUGGGUCUUUGGAAAUCCACGAUUUAAAGAAAGUUUAAGCAGAUCUGGCCUUGCGGUUCCAAUACUAUGAGUAGUUGUGAUCAAGGCAGAAUAUUCGGGCUCUUGAUACAGAAUGUUGCCUAACUAAAACCACACUACCAUCAAUGGCUAGCAACACGUAUAGACUCCAUGUCAUGUCAAAGAUUGCUCUUUGCAAGUGCCUCAGUUAAACCAGAACACUGUGGUUGCUUAACCCAGAUAUCUGAAACUCAUGAGUUUCUGGUCUCGUAAGGUCCCCUGUGUACACUGGCCUCUCCCUUGCAAUGCUGUGAUAUUUUGGGAGUGCUGUCAGUGUACAUAACUCACAUCCUUCAUAUUGAAGGUGACUCAUUUAUUUUUUCUGCCACACUUUUUAGAUGUGAAAUUUGAAGUUAGGACUGACACUAGAUGCAAGAAUCCAGUAUGUGCUACAUCUGUCUCUUGCUUAUUUUUGUUUUGCUGUCUUAAUUUCCUAAAGUCAAGUGCCUCUUUUUUUCCCCAAAAAAUGGAUGUGAAUUGUUUUUGAUGUGUUGUAAUAUACUUGUUUUCAUGUGUGUAUAACUCCAUUCUGUAAAAUCUUAAGGACAGGAGUCCUGAAAUGCUUGCUUUAAUCAUUUUAUAAAUCCAUUUGGAGGUGUGAAGGAGAUACAAUUAAUUUGAAUAUGUGUGUUCUGCCAUUCUGGAAGAGUACGAUUGGAGUAGCUCUACUGUGACAGUGUUUGAGGUUUCGGCUAGAUCCCAUCAUUUUUUCCCCUACUUCACUGUCCUCUAGAUAUCCUUGAUGAGCUUAUCAUUUGAAGAAUAAAUGUGUUUGAUAUAAGACCUGAGAAUGUUUUCUUCUCAAGCUACCAUUAAAUAUGAAACUGUCAA